UAAUUAACUCGUGAUUUGCUAUUUUAUGGUGACAGUGUAAUCAGAGAAGUGGUUAUGGUGAAUUUCUUUGAGAAUUUCUGCUCAGCCUUGGAACCAAUGCUUCGGAAAGUGGUGAGCGAAGAAGUGGAAAAUGGGCUGAAACGGCGUCGCAUGAGCUCAAAACUACGAAGCCCUUCAAUGAGAAUGAUCCAUCAUCAAUUGGUGGGGCCCUCCUCACAUACCCUACAGCUGUCAUUCGCCAAAAGUCUGUCCCUCCCUAUCUUCACCGGCACCAAAAUCGUCGACGCCGAUUUCAACCCUCUUCAGAUCAUUCUCGUCGACUCCGGCGCCGGCAAGUUGCCGACCUCACUCCCCUACCCAAUCAAAGUUGAAAUCGUGGUUCUCGACGGCGACUUCCCCAACAACAACGACGAGUGGACCACCGAAAAAUUCGCGAAAAAUGUGGUGAGAGAGAGGAGUGGAAAGAGGCCCUUGCUCACCGGAGAUUUGAACCUCACCGUCAGGGACGGCGCUGCUUACGUCGGAGAAGUCGAAUUCACCGACAACUCCAGCUGGAUUCGGAGCAGGAAGUUCCGAUUGGGUGCGAGAGUGGUGCAUGGUACUAACGGUGAGGGCGUCGUCAUACGCGAGGCCGUCUCCGAACCUUUUGUUGUUAAAGACCAUCGCGGCGAAUUGUACAAGAAGCAUCACCCACCAGCACUAGAGGAUGAAGUGUGGAGGUUAGUGAAGAUAGGUAAAGGUGGAGCUUUCCAUCAGAAACUUUCUUCCCAUGGCGUUCACACUGUCCAAGAUUUCUUGAAGCUCUUCAAUGUCGACUCUUCCAAACUCAAAAGGAUAAUUGGAGUUGGGAUGUCGGAGAAAAUGUGGGAAGUAACAUUGAAACACGCGCAGAGUUGUGUGAUGGGGACAAGGGUUUAUAUAUGCCAUGGCCACGACUACACACUCACUUUCAAUCCUAUCUGCCAGCUCAUCAAGGCCGACUUAAGCGGUCAAGUUUUCUACGAACGCGACUUCAAAACGAUGCAAACCGCUUAUAUUGAAAGCCUUGUGAAAGAUGCAUACGCCAAAUGGAAUUCAUUGGAGGUAUCUGACGGACUUGUCUACCACACACCACUUUUAACCCAAGGUGAUAAAGUAGUGGAGGGGCAUUCGCAGCAAAUAGUAGCAAGUGAGAGCAGCUGCUAUUCAGGAAUAAUGCACAACAACAACAACAAUAAUAAUAAUAAUGAAGCAGACUACUCAGAUGAAUGGGGACUCAAUUCAAAUUGGGAUUAGUUACCUCUUUCUCUACCAAUCUUCUUCCCAUGUACAUUUUCCAGAAUUCAUCACUUCUACUAUUUCAUAUAUAUAUAUAUAUAU